AUGCACCCGGACUUCUGGCAUCUUCUGCCCAGCAUCACCCAAGUCCCCGACGGCAUCGAGGUGGACGAAUGGGCCCUGCGCUGCCCGGACAUCGAAGCCGCCAUCAAGUGCCUCUUCUGCUUUCUGCUGUUCUGGACGGCGAAGGAAAGCAGUGAGCGCUUCUCCUUCGAGGUGGCUGACGCUCUGCCGUUGCGCAACGCAGCGCUGGAUGCCAUCGAGCGGAAUGACUCGCGCCUUGGCACUGAGAUCGGCACCAAGGUACGGGGCGACGCCUUGCAGGAUCCGCUAUGCCGACCGACUGUUCCGCCAGAGCUCGCCGACCUAAAGACUGUGAUGAACUCUGUCCUCCAAGACCAAUGGACCACUUUCGCCCUUCGAGUUGCUCGAGGAGGCCGUACGAGACCGUGA